UCGGCUUGGUUGUUUGCUGGUUUGAUACAGACGCGGCGGUCAGCGAGCACGACACCGGAGUCGUUCAUCUUCGGAGUCCGCAGGCAUCGAGGGUCCACCCCUGGGACGGACUUAUUGCCACCUCUCGUCACCUCCCAGCACCCGGACGUGAGCCUGGACUCACCCCCACCUCGGCGCCAGCCCCUGAGGAGGCAGGAUGGAGUUCAAGCUGGAGGCUCACCGCAUCGUCAGCAUCUCCCUGGGCAAGAUCUACAACUCGCGGGUCCAGCGCGGCGGCAUCAAGCUACACAAGAAUCUACUGGUCUCGCUGGUGCUGCGCAGUGCCCGCCAGGUCUACCUGAGUGACCCGUGCCCCGGCCUCUACCUGGCCGGUCCCUCGGGGACCCCGGCGGCGCCGCCUCAGCAGCCCGGAGAGCCGGCGGCCGGGCCACCCGCGGGCUGGGGGGAGCCACCCCCGCCGGCCACCGGCGCCGCCUGGCCGGAGACCGAGUCGCGGCCGGAGCGUCCUGCUGUCCCAGAAGCGCCUUGGGCGGGUGACUCGAAGCCCGCGGCCGCGGUGACGGGCGCCGCGGACACUCUUGAGAGCGGUGAGGCGGAGGCGGCGGAAGCUGCCGGGAGCCGCGUGGAGGGACGAGCCGGGGGCCCUGCCGGAGCCUCGGACGUACUCCCGGAGAGUCCCCGGGCGGCGCGCCGCCCCUGCGGCUGCCCCUCAGGAGCGGACGACAGGCCGGCGGCGCUGAGCGCGUCUCCCCGCGCUGACUGCUGCUGCGCGCCGCGGCCCGCGGGGGACGAGCCCCUCGCGCCGCCCGCCACCUGCCCCCGGAAGCGCGGCGCGGCGGGGGCGGGUGGCGGCCCCGCGGGCUGCCUGGCGCCCUGCUCCACCCCGCUGAAGAAGCCCCGCCGGAACUUGGAGGAGCAGCCGGGCGGGGCAGUGGAGGAGGAGGAGGAGGAGAUGGAGACCGGUAACGUGGCCAACCUCAUUAGCAUCUUCGGUUCCAGCUUCUCGGGACUCUUACGGAAAAGCCCCGUGGGCGGCCGGGAGGAAGCCGAGGGAGAGGAGAGCGGGGCGGAAGCCGCAGAGCCUGGGCAGAUCUGCUGCGAUAAGCCGGUGCUGAGAGACAUGAACCCUUGGAGCACUGCCAUCGUGGCCUUCUGAGGCCUUGGGCCCCCGUGCGGGAAGGCGGUUGAUCCGUGGGCGUCCCCAGCGGGAGGGCUGGGUCCCUCCUGGCUGCCGGGACGCCCCGACACCCCAGGCACUGAGCGCGCUGGGGAGACUGGGGGUGCUGCCGGGCCGCGAGCGGACUGCGCUUGGGUUCGGCGGCCCUGCUACGCUGUGCCUCUGGUCUCCUGAGACUUGGGAGUGAGAGGCUGAUUGGAAGAGGACCGUCAUUAACUUUUGUGUCUGUGUAUGCCCGUGUAUGUAAGUUUGUCUUGUUGAGUUCAGGCUGUUUGUCCUUCUGGAAUGCAUCACCCCUUUCCCAGGGCUUAGGAGACUGGGGGCAGAUUGGGACUUUCCUCCGCCGGCAGCACCGAGAAGGAAGUGGCUGAAAGGGCCGGGGAGUUCCCCACUGGUUCUCGGGGCAGGAAGGGACUUCACACACACCCGCACUUGAAAGCUAGAACCGCACGCACUAAGUCCUGGAGUGGCGUUUUCUCACAGGAUUUCCUAAGACUAGAGGGAUUUUGUAUGGAGUACAGACUUAAAUUAUUUCUCUCCUUCCAUGCCUUUUUCUGGCACAGAAGAAACGAUUAUACCCUGUGAUUACCGUGGGAAAGGGGGAUGUUAGCAGUCCCAUCUCCACCACAGGGAAAAAAAGUUUGAUGAACUUCACGGAAGAGUUCAAGCUUGGAAAUACGGAGUUAAUAGAAAAAAUAUAUUUUUAAAAGCUCUAAAUGAGAACGACUGCACAGUGCUUUCAAAAAGUGUUUAUGAAACAAAGUUUACAGACAGAAGCCCUAAGUGGAAAGACCCUGUGGUUUUGUAGAUAUGGUGACUCUGGUCUUUGUUGUAUAAAGGUUGGGGUUGCCAACAAGGUUUUUGUACAGUAUUUUCUCCUUCGUUGUAUUGACUUUUGUAUAAAAUGUAACUUUACGUGUCUAACACGUAUUAAAUAUUUUGAAGCGAC